AUGGACUCGGGUGUACCCAUGAUACUGCCGAAAGGCAUCGUCAUCAACAACUCGAGCAUUUAUAAAGAGGUUGCCAGUUUCUCGAUUGUGCCCGCCGACAAGAUCUGGGAAUAUUGGCAUGUCUACACGGUUACAAACAAGAAGCUGAAGGAUCCCACAGCCCGCCGCUUGGAAAACUUUUGGUGGCAAGUAUGGGGCAGUGACCGAAAAUACUUGAGCGGCGCAGCAUUGGCCAGGAUAUACGAGGACAUUUCGGUUGGCCCUACUAUCCUGCCUCUCCAAGGUCCGCCCAAUCGCUGGGAAGGUCCCCACGUCCCGCCCCUCACCCGACAGAUGGUUGUGGCCCGUUACAACGAAGGAUGCGCUACAUCGCAGCAGCGCCCGGAGCCUCCAAGAACCAAGACCAACCAGGCGUCCAUCAAGCACUUGUCCUCGAGCGCAUCCAAGCCCCCUCCGGCCCAUCCGAUUUUGAAAAAAGCUCGGAGUCCACUUGCUCAUGGCCCGAAGCCUACUGCUCGGUUUGCCUCUCCCCUCGGAUCCGAAAACGACGGGGCCGAGGACGAUGACACGCCUUCAUCAGGCAGCAUCCCCACGACGGGCUCGGAAGCGCCGACAAAGUCAACCAAGUCCCCAGCCACGUCUCAGAAGCUGCCCGGGACGUCAAUACCAGAGAAUGCCGAGCCGACUACGGACACGCGACGCGCCCCGGCUCAGCUCGGAGCAGUGCCGCCUGCCCCUGAACGAUGCCGGGACCAUGCUGGGCAACAACGGCGAGGAACAGAGGGAAGCAUGCCUAGACGAGCGCCCGUUAAACCAGCCCUUGGCGCCAAAGCCACGGGAAAGCAACCGAAAGUGGCACGAAUCGCCACCUCCCAUCACGUCCUCGCCGUCUCUCGAUCAUCAAGUCGACCGACCUCGUCAACGCCAGCAGUGGCCAACGCUUCUGCGCGAUGCGCCAUCGAUACGCAAUCCUCACCAACCUCCGCCCAAACGUCCUUGGGCGCGAGGGCAGGCACGGACAAGGCCACGGCGACGGAAUCAGCAGUCGGCGAUUCGUCUCCGAUACAUCUGUCCAUGUCCCAAAACGGCUACGCACGCAGAUGCAGCAGCCAAGGACUAUUCACGGGGCCGACCGCCAUGACCACUACCGUGGCGGCCAAGGGACACAUAAUUGACCAAGCCGGCUCGAUACCUGCGUCCACCGUUCUGGGCUCGCACAUGGAGGGAGACGGCCUCGCCUGUCGCCCAUCAGCGGCUCCCUUGGCGGAUUUCCGCAUGGCGCCCACGCAACCCAGCCAGGCCGCGAGCGUUCCCAUGGGACGAACCAGAAGCCAGCUUACGUUGCUUCUCGAACGGGAGAAGAGCCGGGUCCGAGUCAAGCCCAAUGCACGGAGCUAG